CAGUACCACAACAAAAUUUCGAUCACCGCUUCGGCCGGGCUGGUUCGCACGACCUGCAGUGUUUUUGCUUUAUUUUGGCGCAUUGGUUUGGCGCAUUGGGCUCCUCGGCGCUUUUCGUACGACUACGCCUGUGCCGGAUGUUGGUCAGUGGCGAUGCGUCAUAUUUACAGACUAGACGAGGCCUGCAGGUGGUGGGUUGCAGAUGGAUACGUAGUUUGGUGUGCCUUUCAUUUAGUCGCGUUAUAGUCCUGUCAAGAUUGCGACGCUCAACCGUCAUCUCAUACUUCACUACUAAGCAUUAUGACUAUCAAGGGCUUUUACCUCGUUGGCCAGGACAAGAAUGUCUUUCGCCAGGACAUUCACAUUGACCAGUAUCAUGACUUUGAAGCGCUGCAGGUUGCUGUAGCGGAGCAGUACAACAUUAUCCAAUCGACUGGCAUCGGGCUGCAAGAUCCCAAAGGAGAUGAACUGCGAGACUUAGAUGAUGUAUUGGAUUGCGACGAGGAUAUAGGCAUUACUGUCGACGGUCAGGCCAUUCGCGACCCUUCAGGCCCGGAAGGUCUUCCUUUCGUGGGAAGCUACUACGAGGUCUUUCCCGAUCAUCUCGGAAACCAUGCACGUCUCUUCCAGAAGUACGGAUCUUUGAUCAAGUACGAGACAAUGGGCAAGCAAAAUUACCUGACUAAUGACCCUGCUAUCGCGACUGUGGCUUUCCAGGAGUCGGCGUUCUUCAGCAAACACAUCACCCCCGAGCAUCCUUUGGCGGGUAUCAAGGAUAACAGAGCGCUGUUCAUUUGCGACACCGACACCGAUGCAUGGAGGCAAGCGCAUAAGUUCAUCCCGCCUUCCAUGGCACCCAAGGCUAUCAGACACUACACACCUCUGAUGGAAGCCUCGGUGAAGGACUCAUUCAAGGUCUUUGACAAGCUCGAUGAGCAGGGCGAAGCAUGGAACGUCUACCAGUACAUGCUGAAGCUUGCUUCUCAGACCGUCUUCAAGUUUGCGCUUGGUUAUGACGCCCACCACUUCGACAACCCAGAUGCGCCGCUGAGCGAGCUGGUCAUCUUGAUCGCACAAUCGCUCUCCCUGAACAAGAAGGUCGCGUCAAGAGGUGCCUGGUACGCGAAGUUGAGCGCCAUUCCCUUCACAGCAGCAUACGACCUCGACAAGAUCCGAUACAGGCUAUGGACUAUUCUUAACCAAGCAAUCGACCAAGCACCAAAAGGAAGCAACGAAGAUGAUCUGCCACUGCAGUCCGCAGCCCUAGGAGCCAGCUGCGUAGUUGACUAUCUGAAGCGCGCCACCGACGAUAACGGCAACAAGCUACCCCGUGAACUCGUCAUCCCCAACAUGCUCCCCAUCUCCGGUGCGGGCUUUACCACCACUUCAUCCCUCCUCUCAUGGCUCCUCUACUCCCUCUGCGUAUAUGAAGGCAACCAGGACCGGCUCCUCCAGGAACUCGUCGACGCCGGCGUGAACGAGAAUACCAAGUGGACACCUGAACUUUCCGACGGCCUCACAUUCCUGGACAAAUUCGUCAAGGAGACCCAACGCCUCCACAACCCCUCGUUCCAACCCGGACGUACCGCAAAGGUCGACUGUAUCGUGCCCGGCGGCUACAAGCUCCCCGCCGGCUCCGUCGUCAUCUGCGCCCUCCACGCCAUCCACAACAACCCUACCAUCUGGUCGAACCCCGACCGUUUCGACCCCGACCGCUGGGGCACAGAAGAGGUAUCAAAUCGCCCCAAGAACUCAUACAUGCCUUUCGCAACAGGUCCGCGUAGUUGUAUCGGUUUCAACUUCGCGCUUGGCGAGGUCAAGGUGCUGUUGCCGGAGUUGGUGUAUAGGUAUGAGUUCAGCAAGGAAGGUGAGGAGGCGGUGACGUAUGAUCCAGAGUUCCAGCUUAUUCGGCCAAUGAACUUUUAUGUUAGGGCGAGGAGGAGGACGAGUUAUCCGGAGCCUAGUCCUGGGGCGAAGAAGAUUGCUGUAGAAUAUCAAGAGGGGGAGGAGAAGCCGCCGAUUUAGAGAUGAGGCCUGGUGUACAUGUUGCCUAAGUCGUCUGCAUCGUUGCUCAAUCCAGUCCACUACUUGCUUUACACCCGAUGCACGUUAUAACACUUUAAUAGAAAGAGUUUCUCAUUUGAUUAUCCUAGCAUCUCCGUCC